UCCAAGACCUCGAUGACGUGGCACCCUCUCUCCUUUCAUGCUUAUCGAAUUCAUUCCCCAUAAAUACAGGACAGAGGCUCCUCCUCCCGGACCCUUCAACACACACAAGAGCCUUUCUAGAGAGAGAAGCAGUAGUGAGAAGUGCUUUUUUUUUUUUUUUUCCAAUCUAGGUUUUCUCUUUUUCGCUGAGAAAUGGCAGAGGGCGAUAGGGUUAAGGGAACUGUGAAGUGGUUUAAUGACCAGAAGGGCUUUGGAUUCAUCACUCCUGAUGACGGCGGCGAAGAUCUGUUCGUCCAUCACUCUGGGAUCCAGGAGGGCGCUGGUGGUUUCCGCAGCCUUGGUGUCGGCGAGGCGGUUGAGUUCGAAGUGAAGGAGGGUGACGACGGCCGUAUCAAGGCUGUCAAUGUCUCCGGCCCAGAUGGUGCCGCUGUCCAGGGAGCCCCCCGCGGUGGCGGUGGAGGUGGGUACGGUGGUGGCGGGGGAGGUGGUUACGGUGGCGGCGGCGGUGGUUACGGUGGAAGAAGUGGCGCCCGCGGUGGAGGCGGAUAUGGCAGUGGAGGCGGCGGAUAUGGCGGUGGUGGUGGUGGUGGCUACGGCGGUGGAGGUAGCGGAGGCGGGUGUUACAAGUGCGGUGAGUCUGGCCACCUUGCUCGGGACUGCUCCCAGGGAGGCGGCGGAGGCGGUAGUAGGUUUGGCGGCGGCGGCGGAGGUGGCAGCUGCUACAAGUGUGGAGAAGAGGGCCAUUUUGCUCGUGAGUGCACCAGCGGUGGUCGUUGAUUGCUAUGGUUUUCAUCAGGGUUGAUCUGAAUCGUUGAUCUGUGUGUCAACUUCAACCCUUGAUUUGCUUCAUGUUUUAGUACUUAAUCAUCCAGAGAAAAAAAAAAAAGAAAAAGAAAAAUGGUCUUUUAUUUGGUGAAUUGGUGAACCAUUUCUUAUAAGGGGGAAUUCGUUUGAAAUCUCACUUCUUUUGUGGUCACCUUGGUAUUUAUCAGUAGUAGUCGUUCAGGUGGUUUCGAUGGGUCCUAUGUUUUGUAAAAAAGCAUGGUCUGUCCUUUAAAUUAUUAAGUAAAUGCUAUGCAUUGCAGUUGCAGCGGCUUAGUAGGGGUUGAUGAUCAAUUGUGAUUCUAACUUGUACAUGCAGUAGAUGCAGCCAGCAUAUUCGGAUUGUUAAGUUUUAGUUUUGGAAUUAUGAAUGGAUGGAUGAUUUCAGUUAUAACUUUUGCCUCUUUUGAUUGUGUUUGUCCUUUGACUUCCUGAUGAUUGUUCUGUUUAAUCAAUUCAGUACUUGAAAAGGUCA